UGUGCAGGCUUCGCCGCUUGGCUGAUGAACAUCUUAUCGCGAAGGUCGUCGUUGCGUCCCACCAGGUGACAUCGGCGUCACAGGCUGCACUGAUAUCACACAAGACUGCAGCAAGUGAAGCUGUAAAGGCAACGGAGUAAUAUUGUCUGCCAAGGAGCUGAUGAUAUGGCACAAGUCAGGACCGCUGCGGCUCUUGGAGUUCAGUGGCUUGGAGUGGUGUUGCUGAUCCUCCUGUUGCUGAGAGUCGGCGCUACGGCAACGGUUGCAGAUCCUCAGGCCAGCUGUCCCGCGGAGGGCUGCCGCCCGUCCGGCGCUUUCGCUCUCAAUUCCGACAUCCCCGGACUGACGACAGGUGUGGCCGUGAAAUGGACUGUAACCGUUGCCUCUGACACAGUGCCGGAGCUGUCGCGCCUGGGCUGCGUCACUUGUCAAAACGGUUUGGUCUGUCCCACCAGAAGAGGGUACGUCAGCUUGGACUACACAACAUCAGGAAAAACGCUGUGGCGCUAUGACAACCUGACCACGCCCACCCUGCCCAUCUUGGACUUCUUUGGCGAUGUCAUCGGCACCAACGGCAAUUUCUUGAUAAAGAUUGACUCCGAUGGCCAGGUACAAAAACCAAUCAUCCAUUUUUGGAACGACCUUGCACCUAUGUACAGUGUCCAGCUGGCCAGGGACUUCCUCCUGCUUCUCGUCUCACGCACGGGUCUGCUCCUGACCUACGACUACAAUGGCAUUCCUCAAGCAUCUCUGUUCAUACGCGACGAAAUCGAGGGCGUCAACGGCACAUUUUUACCUGUAGCUCAGCCGGUCAUCUACGGCAAUAGGUCCUACAUCCUUAUGCAGUUUGCACCUGAUUCGCCAGUGCCAGACUACAAAGCUAAUGUCUUGGGCCUACAACGUCUGUAUGCCAUCGACAUUUUGGACCGCAUGGCCAAGUGUAUCAGCCCGGUUUGGUACGUCAACUUCGAGCGCGAAGUUUGUCCCCCGCACGACAGCAGACGCAAGCAGUGCCAGUUGUCGGGUGAGAUGUACAGUUCAACGGUCCUCGUACAUCGCAGUACAGUCUACGUCAGCCUUGGGCGUCCCCUGGCGGAUUGCGAGUGCACUACAACAGCCGGCAAUAAAGAGAGUGCAGGAACGCUGUGGGCUUUCAAAGAUCUGGGUAACACUUCGACGCUGCUGUUCAAGAACAACUGUUCCGUGUCGUCGCUCUCCCUUUACGACGACGACGUAUGGGAAACACUGCUGCCGGUCGAGCCACGCAGGGUCAGAGGUCGGCACGCUCUCCUAAAGCCCCUCAUGACUGGUGUGAGAGCUAGAGAGGUUGUGCUAUGGGCUGCUACUGAGCAGCGCAUCACGGGCUACAGCACACACAAUGGCUCCAUCUUGCACGAGCUGAACGUCAGCAAGCUCCUCAACGUCUCGUGCCGCAUCACCUCCAAAGUCAUGGUCGCACGCAGCGCGGACGGCAGGUCCGAGCGGCUCGUCUUUGCGGCGGCGACGACGACGACGACGCAACAGUGUUGUGCCUCGGGUUCGCAUCACGGCGGACGAUGGGACAAUAGCUCGCGGUCCCUGGUUGUCGCAGUGGACGUCAUCAACCAUGGCGGACUACAGCUGCUGUGGACCGUCCCGGCGCCAACGGGUUCCAGAGUGGUGGGGCAGAUCGCCAAUGUUAUGCUCGCGCAGCACGCAGGCCUGGGGGAUGUACACAAUAAGGGGAAAAGGAAAGAAAACCUUGGUGUGGAAGGGAAGCCGUCGAGCGAAGCGGCGAAGAUUCUGCUGGUGGCCAUGGCCGUGUCGGACACCACAGAGCAGAUUUUCGCCAUCGGCGAUAAAUAACAGUGUGACAACAGCGAGAAAAACGAGUAGGAAAGAAAACAAAAGAGGAAGGGUUUGUUGUGACAAGGGGAAAUUGCCUUUUGAAAACAAAGUGUUGAUGGGAGAGAAGGCGCCCGCAGAAAGCAAAUAUAAAACAAUGGCGGCGUUUGUUUGAUGUGUGUGCAGUGAGGAAUAGCCAUAAAACCAACAAUAAAAAUAAGGUGGCAAGAGAAAUACAGUACAAAAUUUAAGGUAAAGGUACUAGUAGACUGAUAGACGACCAGCGUAGACACAUUCUGAUGUUCUUAUAGUCCAAUAGGUCUGAACAAAUUAAAAUAGCUAGAAGGAGGCUUAACGGAGAAUACCUAACAAGAUGUGAAGACCCUCAUUCGUGUGCCUGUGGGGAUAGACUUUGUACCCACAUGUGCUGUUGCAGUGCAAUGAAAACAAACCAGAAAGAGAACUAAAA